UAGUCUUCCUGCCUUCGUUUCAUUAUCAUCACCAACUCUUCCCUUUUUCUCGAAUUACGUGGAGGCAGAGAAAUACUGCGACGAGAGUCCACCUGAGGAGUUAGCUGGAGAACAACUCGAGUCGGAGUGUCCUUGCACGUCGUUCUUUUCGCGACGAGAGCCAUGGCCGCCUAUAACUCCGCCGACUUCCUUCAAGGGGCCCUCGCCCUCGCGUGCACCCUCCCCCCUCCCUCCAGCGCGCACUACUCCCCCUCCGCGCCCACUCUCCCCGCGGAUUCCGCAGUCCUCUCCCCCUCCGCGCUCCCCUUCUCCCCCCUCUCCCACUCCCUCCUCCGCAUGAGCGCAACCACCAAGCCCCUUGCCCUCCGCGCAACCUCCCCCUCCCCGCUCCGCGACCUCCAGCGAACCACCGAGCGCCACGUGGCGCUCGCGCGCCAGUUCGCACUGGGAUUCGCGCAGGAGGUGGCGGAAGCCGCGCUGGACCACCUUGCUGACGUGUACUACGCGCUGAUGCUGGUGGGGGAGAGGCUCCGCCUUCCCCUCCCUGGCUCCCCCACUGCGUCCCCCUCCGCCGACCCCCUUCACCUGCUGGUUAAGCAGACGAACUCCCCCUUGGCUGCUGUAAUUCCUGGCGAUACUGUAGCGGAACUAGUCGUCACUCAAGGACUGUACAGUUUCCUUAACCUGUACAACACCGUGCUUAUAGUGAGGAUUCUCCUCACGUGGUUCCCCAAUGCGCCGUCCGCCAUCGUCAGCCCGCUCAGCACCAUCUGCGACCCGUACCUGAACAUUUUCCGAGGGUUAAUUCCCCCGAUCGGGGGCACCCUCGAUUUGUCCCCGAUUCUGGCCUUCGUGGUGCUCAGCGCGUUCACCAACGCUGCUGCCGCCCUGCCCGCGGAAAUGCCUGAGGAGGGGGGAGCGGUGGCAGGGGGAAGGGGUGGCAUCCUUGCUGGAGGGCGCAGGCGGCCGGUGAGGCUGACUCCGGAGCAGAGGGCGAGGAUGCGGGCCGCGUCCAGAGCAGCGGAGCAGGCGCAGGAGGCAUAGAGGCUAGAGCGCUGUAUUGCUGGCUGGGCAGUGGGCAUGCACAGGAGGCCUUUGACGCUGAACUGGGAGCAGGGGGAGAGGGCACUGCUUUUAGGUGCCUUAAACAGAGGGGGGGGUUGUUGAGCGUCUCGAGCGGCUGAGCAGGCUGAGAAGACAGGGAGAGGUGGUGAUACCUGGCAGUGCUGCAUGCUGCUGUGGACAAGCCGCAGCAGGAGCAGAAGCGGGAGGGCCGGGAGAGUGGGGGGGAGGAGAGAAUCUAAUAGAGGUGUUGCCAGGAAAGUGUGUUGCAGCUAAGCAAUGGGACGAAUCUGUUGCUUUAGCCUGGCCGUGCGUGUACUUGUUAGUGGUAACGCAAUUUGUGGUGAUAAAACUUUACCGUAAUGCAGGUACUGUAUUGUUCUAAUGAGGGCUUCCUAAGCAGGAAUUUAUCUUAAUUUGUAUCACCACGUUCGUAUAGCACACAUGAGGGUAUU